AUGGUUUCAUUUUCCCCGGCACAGGCCCUCAGCGUGGCGCUGGCCUUCUGGGUCAGCUCGGUCGCCGGCAAUGCUUGUAACCCUCAAGGCUACCUGACAGUGGCAACGACAAACGGACCUGUUACUGGCCACCUCGCCCCCAAUGCUUCGUGUGUCAUUGAAUACCUGGGCGUGCCCUAUGCGAAGCCUCCCGUGGGGGAUCUGAGGUUUGCGCCGCCCCAGAAAAUCAGCGCUCGCAAGGCGUAUGAGGCUGCCAACUUUGGCUUCGACUGCCCGUUGUCCGCGUCGCCGACGCCAGACUUUCCCGGCUUCACGCCGCAAGCUCGUCGCAUCGUCUCCUUUUUCGCCUCUGGUGAGGGCACGCCGCAGAGCGAGGACUGUCUGACGCUCAAUGCCUGGGUGAAACCCACGCCACGGUCGACGAUGGCAGCAAAGCUCGUCGUCGUCUUCUUCUACAGUGGACGCAACGCCUUCAGCUUCCCCGUCAACGCGCCCGGCGUUCCGCAGCGCAACUGGGAGACGGUCGUCAGCGCCGUGGGUUGCAGCUCGGCCGCCAAUGUUCUCGCCUGCAUGCGCGCUGCCGACUGGCAGGCCAUCCGCACUGCUGCCGCCGCCGUGCGCCCGACCGCCAGCAGCAGUGUGCUCCGCUCGAUCCCGCCCUUUUACCCGACGCCCGACGGCACUCUUGUCUUUGAGGACUACGUAUCGCUGACGGCGGCCGGCGCCUUUGCCCGUCUGCCGGUGCUCCUCGGCAACACGGCCAACGAGGACGGCUACUACCGCAUCCCGGCCUUCCGCGCCGGCACCGUCCCCACAGACGCCCAGGUGACGGCCUUCCUCCUCGAGUCCUUCACUUGCCCCGUCUCCCACCAGGCCGCCGCCCGCGCCGCCCGCGCCGUCCCCGCCUGGGCCUACCGCUACCUCGCCGACUGGGACAACACGCGCCUCUAUCCGACGAGCGGCGCCUACCACGGCGUCGACCUGCACAUGAUCUUCGGCGCCUCCGCCGACACGAGCGGCCUCGCGACCACCGCCGACCAGGAGAAGCUGACGCGCGUCAUGCAAAGCGGGUGGUUCGCCUUUGCCGAUGAUCCCUGGCGCGGCCUCAGCAGGCUCGGCUGGCCGACGUUUGACCGCCAGACCAAGUCGCUGCUGCUCCUGGGCGAGAACAACUCGCCCGUGCCGAGGCUCGUCAAGCCGUCCGAGUUUGACGCGCCGUGCUCGACCGUCACAUUGGGCGCCCUAGGAACGCCUUCGUCGUAA